CGUUUGACGUGAUGUCAUUUCGGAGGAACAUGACCGCAAAUAGGACCCUGCAGAGAUCUCCGGCAAAGCUCACCUGUCCCCAAACGCACUUGUACUUUUCUACCUGAAGUCGCUUGCAGAAUCCUGACAUAUAUCAGUCUUUAAAGAUAACGGAAUGUUUUCUGCAUUGUUCUGCAGUUUGCUGCUUCUGCACGGCUCGCUCGGGGAGAUCGUGUUCCGCUGCCCGAGCUGCACCGCGGAUCGCCAGGCGGCGUGUCCCAAGCUCACCACCUCAUCUUGCGCAGAGAUAGUCAGGGAACCGGGUUGCGGUUGCUGUCCGGUUUGCGCCAGGCAGAAGGGCGAGCUAUGCGGCGUCUACACGCCGAGAUGCGGGAGCGGUUUGAGGUGUUACCCGAGCGCUAAUUCCGAGUUACCACUAGAACAGCUGAUACAGGGACUCGGACGAUGCGACAACAAAGUGGACCUGGAGCCCACCAUGCCCAUCCCGGACCCAGGAUACAGUGGAGAGGUCAAUGGCACACGUUCUCCUCCUCAGAAGAAGCCAGGCAAAGAAAACAACUACCAGCACAUAAAGGAAAUAGCUGUGAAGCAGCAUCUAAACAAGCAGAGGACCAAGAUGUUCAGCCCUCAUGAAGACCCAAAAACGCCUUAUCCCAGACAGAGCCAGUGUCAGCAAGAACUGGAUCGCGUCUUAGAGGAGAUCUCCAGAAUGAGUUUCCAUGACAACAAGGGACCACUGGAGAAUCUUUAUGACCUGAAGUUUCCUAACUGUGACAAGAUGGGACAGUACAACCUGAAGCAGUGCCACAUGUCCACCCAUGGACAGAGGGGCGAGUGUUGGUGUGUCAACCCUUACACUGGUAAACAGAUAGCCUCAUCCCCUAAAGUGAGGGGGGACCCCAACUGCAGCCAGUACUUCAGUGGUCCAGAGCUGGAGCCGCCGACCACCCAGCAGAAAUAGACGCACCCUCGCAUCAGAGGAUACGCCCGGGUCGCAAACGAAGAGAGCGAGUGGAAGAGCAGUGUGCAUGUGUGUUAUUGUGUGUGUGUGUGUGUGUGUGUGUGUGUGUGUGUGUGUGUGUGUGUGUGUGUGUGUGUGUGUGUGUGUGUGUUUUCCAAAUAGUAUCAUCUGUAUUGUCAAUAGCAGUGUGGAACGAGUCACAUGCCAGCAAAGACAAGUCAAGGACAGGUUGUUUAAGCUCCCAGCUCUUAAAUCCAGAUAACUUUGCACUAAAUUUAACUUUGAGCAAUUGUUUUUUUUCUGCCUAUAUUUAGGCUCCGUGCCUUUCCUUCUUGUGACUGAAUCUGGUAGUAAUGAUAUUUCAGGGUGUCUCUUAUACAGCGUGCGCAGCUGUUCGUUGAGAUGACGUUUCCAUUAUCCAUUUAGUCUCCCUUUUGUUUAUGGAGACCCCAUAAAAAUGGUACUCAGUCUCUUGUCGCCAGAAACAAAACAACACCAAGUAGAGACGCACAAACAGAAGCAACUUGACAUUGAUUUACACUUGAUUUCCAAAUUCUGGAAUGAUUUUCUUUGGCCCAAAAAAAUUAAUUCUGAUGUGUUGAUGGAGAAAGUGGAGCUGUUUCUCAGUGGCAAGAAAUAUGAGAGUAUUUAUGCAAAGGAGGGAGGACGUUACCCAUAGGGGAAAAAAUCACAAAGGACAUCUCUUCAAUAUCUCAGUUAUUUCUUUAUUUCUCCUAGACGUCAUUAGCUAUGUUUCCAUCCAAGUUGUGAAUUUAAUAUAUGCGAAAAAAACAUUAUAUUGCAAAAACAAUGUGCGAAUAAAGCUCCGUUUCCAUCCCAUGUGUUCAAAAGAAGAAAAUAGUCACUUCUGUAGAAAUGGUAGCCACUGUGACUCCUAUUCCUAAAAAUACGGUUUAGAGCACGUUGACAAAACACUCUAGAAGAUUGUGUCUCAUAUCUGGGAACGACAGUGCAUCACACAGUUCUGGGAGCACUAUGUGUGUGCUUUGCUCCUUCCUCAUGGCUUUGCCAUGUUAUUCUAUAAUAUAUUUGUCAAAAGUUUCAAUAAACCUGCUAUUUGGCAAAGUUCAAGUUUGUAUUCAACUUAAAUACUCUGCAAAUUAUUUGCAGGCUUUGGAUUUUUAGGACACCGUUAUUUCAGGAUGACCAGAGGAACAUUUCAGAUGCAAUGAUUGGUCCACUGGGUAGUCCAGUUAUGAAUGAGUUAUUCAGUCACAUGACUUUUUUUGAUACGCAUCUCAUAUUCCUAAUAGAUUCAGUAGUAGUUUAUUCAGAAAACGUGUUUACAUCAUAGUUUAUGCGCAUUUCUUCUUAUUGAAUGAAACAUUUAUCCACCUCAAGCAAGUGUAUACGUUUUUAUGCGCACUUUGGAGACUUUAUUCGCAUCUUGGUGUUUCCAUCCAGCUGUUUUGUACGAUAUCCCAAAAUGUGCAUACAAAUAUGUGGAUGGAAUCCCAGCUAAUGAGAUUAAAGGGAGAACAAAGUGAGAUGCUUGCUAAAUUCUCCAGCUUUUCAGAUUUGUCUAAUGUGAAAAGACCCAAGUAAUGUGUCUCCUCUAUGUAGAGCUUCAGAAGGAUCUCAAAAGUGUUUUAGACUGUGCUCAGAUUUGCCAAGAAACCGUCUAUAAUUAAAUGAGACCGGGAUUUCAAUAUGAACUCAAAUAUUUCUCAUCAAAUUUUUCUAAACCAUGAAUGAUCUGAGCCAUGCUAACACAUUAAUUGCAUAGCUCGAUACUCUCACUCGGUCAACAAUUGUCUCAUUUGAAUACAUUUUAUUCCAAAGGCAUUUAGGAGAAACAUCUCAGACAAAGUUGAUACUUCAAAGGAAUAGUGGAUUGACUAGGAAAAAAUUUCAAUACAUGAUGUUUCAAACCUGUUUGACUUUCGUUCCUUUGUAGAGCACAAAAGGAGAUGUUAGCAACAUGUUAGGGACUGACAGCCUCACUCACCAUUCACAUUCAUUGUAUGGAAAAAAAAAAGAUGCAAUGAAAGCGAAUGGUGACUGACAAUGUUAAUCCCUAACAUUAGGAUUAACCUCUCCAUUUGUGCUCAAUGGAAGAAAUAAAGUCUGGUUUGGUACAACAUGAGGGUGUUUAAAUAAUGGUGAAUUGUCAUUUUUGCGGGCUAAAUUAUUCUCCUAACAGAACAACCAACAUUUUGAGCAAUAAAAUGUUCUUCUUGGUUGUUAGCAGUUCACCUCUGCUAUCUCUCUUUGCCUCUAAACCAUGUGAUAGAAUAAAGAUGGUGCGUGUGUGUGCGUGUGUGUGUGUGUGUGUAGAGUGGGGAUCAGCGUUUACUAAUGACGUGCUGACAGAGGGCUAGAUUAGGACAUAGGGCUGACAUUGACAAAUGUGAUAUAAAGUGGGUUAAGAGCCUAUAAAUAAACACAAGUUUGCCUGCAGUGCCAGUGGGCUUUGCCUCACUUUGCUGCUUCAGAUUUCCCGGGGGUGUUGGGGGUUGGUGAGGGGGAUUUUACCUGACGGAAGGGUUGAAUGGGGUAGGAUGAAGAGCCCUGUCAAGGAAUGCCAAGUAGUACAUAGGUUUAGUGUGCUUGUUUAACUUCGACAGCAAAUAUAUGCAAAGGGUUGUUCAGCAGGAAUAAGGCUCUUUCCUGUAAUAGGGUACACAUUGUUGUAGGUUUUUUUAAGCAAUAAAGGCAGUUUCUAACAAUUAAAAUCCUACAACUGUGUCAUAAUUUUGACAUAAUCUGUUCAAAUAUUUUUAAUUAACUAAUUUUAAUAACCAAAUGUGUAUUGUGUCGCACAUUUUGUGCACAACCCUGUAACCGCAUGAUUCUUCACUCUUAAUAAAAAUGGAACAUUCCAUAAAAUUCAGACACCCAGGAAGUAACAUCAUUUGGUUCCUUUCUACAACAUGAUGGUUGGAGAAGUAGGAAAUAAAUUAUCGAAAUAAACAUUUAUCAUUAACUAUAAACCAACAUUUGGUCCCAAACUAGCAAGCCUCUUCUGAGUGAUGGCAUCAUUUAGGCUAAAUAAACAACCCUGUUACUUGCAGCACUGUAACCAAUUCUGAUGUCUUAUAGUUAUAUAUACUGUAUAUCCACCUUUUUCCUGGGGGUCUUACUGGGGAAACGAAUGUGGGUGGGACUUCCGUCGGAAGUUAUUCUAUAGCAUUCCUUAUCUCUGGCUGCAGUCAUUUUAGAUCCUGUUUACAGCCGGUAAUAAGAUACGUUUCGGAUGAUUCGAUCACAAAUGGUCAGUGCUAAAUAUAGUUGUAAACGGGGUGCAAAAUGUUUUGUGAUUGGAUCACAAAAACACAUACAGAUGUAGUCAAAAACCACAUUACAUUUGAGGUUUAAAAUGCUAUCCUGAUGCAUCCUGGAUGGCAGCGAAGCACCACAUCUCACCAGUCAACAAAAAGGUAAACAAAUGUUAAAAGUUGUGUGUGUAUUUAAAAGGAAAUAACCGUCCGAUCAGAAAACCUGAAAAAGCGAUUAUAUAGCCUUUGAAGAGAACUUCACGGCUCUUCCUCAGUGUGUCUCUUUGAUUUGAACAUGCAGUGUGACAAGAUGACAAGCACACACAUCUAACGCUGAACUAACACAGGUACUCCACUAAAACAACCAAUCAUUUUGCUAAAAAUGUUGAAUUUGUGCUUUGAUUAUAUCUCAACUGAAAUCUGGGAGAAACAGUGAGCCAGUUUUGUUCGCACUUUCUUUUUCUUGAUAACUUUUUUGCAGUUUAUUAUAGUUCAGUAACACACUGAUAUAGUUAAGAUGUAUGUCCUCACAAAAUCAUACAAAGCUUUCCUCAAAAUCCCAACACAGCAACGAAUUAAUGAAUGGACAUACUAUAUAUAUAUUUGGUAACAGGAUUGAAUGGAAAUUAAAGCAGCUCAUAUAAUAUUUACUUUAACCUCAUGAGGUGGACCAUCAGCAUUUUCUAAAGGUUAAGAAUCUCCUGUCAAUGACCCUUUGUUGUAAAAAAAAACAAAACACAAAAACAACCCUGUACCCUAUUCAUGGAAGGUGUCAUUAUGAAUGGCAGCCAUAACAUUCCUUGGCCAUACUUUUCAUUCAGCCUUUAACAUAAUAUUCCUAUCUCUCUCUCUCUCUCUCUCGCUCUCCCCCUGUAUGCAUUGAAUUAAACAGCUCAAUACCGAAAUAGAAGUUGAUUAAGCUUUAGCAUUGAUCCUAAUGUGUUUGACAGUGUUCAGCUCCAGCCCUCCAUCCCAGUGUUUGCUUUUAUGGGUUACUCUUUAAGAUAUAUUAUUAACAUAUUAACCUUCAGUAACUCUCACAGUAUUACCACAUAGCUUUCAUGUAUUUUCGUUAUUUAGUUAGCAUGUCAUGUUAACUACUGCUACAGACAGGCUUUCCACAAUCACACAGCAUAAUGUGUGUGAUUCUGGUGCCUCAUGGAUGGAUUUUCUGAGACACAGCCUGCAAGUUUUAUGUUUUGUUUCCAAAAUAGAUUGCUGCCUGCCCUCCGGUGGUACAGUAAAUUUUACAGUAGCUCAAGUUUGGCCUAGUUUGAAAACAGUGCGAAACCAAUCCCUGUGGUUUUCGGGCAUAUUGAUUUGCCAGAGUGGUUCUAAUGCGAUGGAAGUGUUCACGUAUGAGUGUGUGUUUGUGUGUAUAUGUGUGAGUGUUUCAUUGCUGUGCCAUGCCUGAAGCCAGAGGGACAGUGGGAAGGAUUGCUCACCAUCUGGUGCCGUGUAAAACUGUCAGAGUCGGUCUCCGCGUUUGGAGAGUCUCAAACAAAUGACGGGGAAUUUCUUGAGCAAAUCCAAACACCAUGUGCCAUGCCAACGUCUCACAUGCCUGUUUUCCCCCGUAAUUCAUUGCGUGUCCAGUGUGUCAGGAGGUGCGGCAGUAUUAAAUAACGUACAUUUCUCAAACAAUUCUAAACACAGCAUGCUCCUUGUGUCCUCUGUCAUGCGAAUGGGUCAUGGACUGAAUUUUCUGUACAACUGCAAUGGAAAAAGCCAAAAAUGCAUGUGAAAAUAGACAUUGGUUUUAAAUCCUUGUAAUAAAAUCCAGCAUGAUUAAAUGUAUUGCCUUUCAAACCUGUGACUAAUUUUUUGGGAAUUUUAUGAUUUGUUUUUUUAUAUGUUUGGUUAUAUGUUGUCUCAUUAAUGUUUUCCAUUAAUCCCAAGAUCAUCCGGAGAAUUUUUAUAAGUAGU